AAAACUUGUUCAAGAAAAACAACCUUGAGUUAAGUCCAGUUAAGUUUAUCAUUCCUGAUAAACAUGAAGUGUUUCGUUACGUACCCAAAAUCUUGUCACUUCCCCAUUGAAAAUUUACCUUACGGUAUAUUUUCUACGCAGAAUGAUAAAAUCCACAGAAUUGGAGUCGCAAUUGGAAAUUUAAUUUUGGAUUUAAAGCAAAUUUCGCACUUAUUUGAUGGACCCCACCUAAAAAACCAUCAACAUGUUUUCCAAGAGGAAACUCUCAAUUCUUUUAUGGCACUCGAGCCUUCUGCUUGGAAGGAAGCGCGUGCGAAAAUUCAAAGUUUACUUUCCGCUGAUAACCCGACGUUGCAAGACAAUGCUCAACUGCGCGAAAGGGCCCUUGUCUUACAAUCCGAUGCUACUAUGCACCUUCCAGCAAAAAUAGGGGAUUAUACUGAUUUUUAUUCAUCUCUACAUCAUGCCACGAAUGUAGGUGUUAUGUUUAGGGGAAAGGAUAACUCUCUUAUGCCCAAUUGGAAACACUUGCCCGUCGGUUAUCACGGAAGAGCCAGCUCGGUUGUUGUUUCCGGGACUCCCAUAACAAGACCACAUGGCCAAACCGUGCCAGUAGAUGGCGCUCCUCCUGUUUUCGGCUCUUGCAAGUUGAUGGACUUUGAAUUGGAAAUGGCGUUUUUUGUAGGAGGCCCACCGACCAAACUGGGAGAACCUAUCAAAAUCGAAACCGCCCAAAAUCACAUAUUCGGAUUUGUGCUGAUGAACGACUGGAGCGCUCGCGACAUUCAAAAAUGGGAGUACAUCCCCUUGGGGCCAUUCACUGCCAAAAAUUUGGGCACGACCAUUUCUCCGUGGGUCGUAACGACACUCGCUUUGGAACCAUUUAUUGUCGAUAAUUUCCCGCAAGACCCGACGCCCCUUCCUUAUCUGGUGCAUAAGGAUAAAUUCAACUUCGACAUUCAGCUUCAAGUGGACAUCAUUCCUCAAAACAGUGCUAUAUCCACAACCGUCUGUAGAUCAAACUAUCGGUACUUGUACUGGACUGCCAAACAGCAACUGGUGCACCACACCGUUACGGGUUGCAAUAUGAACCCUGGCGAUUUACUGGCUAGCGGGACAAUUAGUGGAGAGGCUUCCGACUCCUUUGGGAGCUUACUAGAGCUGUGCUGGAGAGGCACAAAACCUUUGAAUAUGGCUGAUGGAAGUCAAAGAAAGUUUCUGCAAGAUGGCGACACGGUCACGAUGAACGCUUUUUGUGAGGGUGACAACUUUACUGUUGGUUUCGGAGCUUGCGCUGGUACACUGUUACCGUGUAAAAAUUAUUAAAGUCAAGAACAAUUUUUUCAAUAAAUAAAUUUACCUAACCCGUU